GGCGGGGCCGCCGAAGUCGCUUUGGCCCGGAUGUCCGGGAGCUGCGGCCGGGUCGGCUGAUCCCGGAGACUCUCCCGGGAAACCUACAAGCUGUCGAUGGCUGUCGAUAUUCAACCAGCAUGCCUUGGACUUUAUUGUGGGAAGACCCUGUUAUUUAAAAAUGGCUCGACUGAAAUAUAUGGAGAAUGUGGGGUGUGUCCAAGAGGACAGAGAACAAAUGCACAGAAAUAUUGUGAGCCUUGCACAGAGUCUCCAGAACUGUAUGACUGGCUCUAUCUUGGAUUUAUGGCUAUGCUUCCUCUUGUUCUGCAUUGGUUCUUCAUUGAAUGGUACUCGGGGAAAAAGAGCUCCAGUGCACUCUUCCAGCACAUCACUGCACUAUUUGAGUGCACUGUGGCAGCUCUCAUCACCUUACUUGUGAGUGAUCCAGUCGGUGUGCUCUAUAUCCGUUCGUGUCGAGUACUGAUGCUUUCUGACUGGUAUACGAUGCUGUACAACCCAAGUCCAGAUUAUGUUACCACAGUGCACUGCACACAUGAAGCUGUCUACCCACUCUACACCAUUGUAUUUAUCUAUUAUGCAUUCUGCUUGGUAUUAAUGAUGCUGCUCCGACCUCUUCUGGUAAAGAAGAUUGCCUGUGGGUUAGGGAAGUCUGAUCGAUUUAAAAGUAUUUAUGCUGCACUUUACUUCUUCCCAAUUUUAACUGUGCUUCAGGCAGUUGGUGGAGGCCUUUUAUAUUAUGCCUUCCCAUACAUUAUAUUAGUAUUAUCUCUGGUGACUCUGGCUGUGUACAUGUCGGCUUCAGAAAUUGAGAACUUCUAUGAUCUUCUGGUCAGAAAGAAAAGACUCAUUGUUCUCUUCAGCCACUGGUUACUUCAUGCCUAUGGGAUAAUCUCCAUUUCCAGAGUCGAUAAACUCGAGCAAGACUUACCCCUUUUGGCACUGGUACCCACACCAGCCCUGUUUUACUUGUUCACUGCAAAAUUUACUGAACCUUCACGGAUACUCUCAGAAGGAGCCAAUGGACACUGAAUGUAAAUGCCAAAAAGAAAAAAAAAAAAACCUAAGAAGUGUUUGUAAUAAAAAAAAGUAAAGAAAUAAAAAAAAGUACUCAUCUGUCAUACAUGGGAAUAUGAUUACCAGUACAUCUAAUAUUUUUGGGGUUUUUUUUUUUUGACUUAACAGACUUUGUGAUUUGAAGGAAAAUACAAAACACCUUCAUACUGUAUUACAUAGUAUAACACACUGUACACUUACAGUACACUGUUAUAUUACACUAGAAGCCUAUUAGGAAGCACUUGACUCUUGCAACAAUUCAGCUGUUCUUUAGAGCAAAAUCAUGUUUCUGUGUACCUAGCAAUAUGUUGUUCCCAUUUUUAUUUAAAAAAAAAAACUAUAACAAGUGUAAUCUGAAAUCCUUGGUUGGCAUAACUUGUGCAUGCCUGCUGUGUUUCAAUUUGUUUUUCAAAUAUACUUAAUUACAAAGACAAA